AUGUUUUUUUUUAUAAUGUUCUAUAUUUCUGAAAAAUGUUAAAACGAACAGAAAGACAGUCGAAAGCAGUAAAAAUAAUAUAGCUCGAUUCGUAAUGAUCUACGCUUUCACUAGCAUGAAAGGGGGAACCGCUUUGAUACUUGAUUUUGCGAUGUGUAGAACGACUUUACGCGGGAAGAACCAAGGUGGGAGGACUUUUCUCUUCCGUUUAUGCCAAACGAGCCGUGCGACUCUCACUUGCGAGACGUUAUUUCUCACGAGAAGAAGUCGAUUUUCGUCGACCACUUGUCAACGUUGUUCAAUUUGCGACAGUGACGCGGGCUCUUCCGGGUGUGAAACAGCGAAUUUGCGCGAAUAAUGAUUCCGGUGGACAUCAAAGUGACAUUUAAUCAAAAUACCCUUUCGGAAAGGGAAGAGACUGAAAGCGACGAAAUUUAACUGCGGAAGACAAUUCGUGAACGCAUUCGCGCAACGCUUGCAUCCGAUUAGAAUCGACGAUUAGGAACAUCUUCCGUGUUUUCUUCAUGUGAAAGCGACGUGAUAUCACGUGUGACUCUUACCUCGUGCAUUCGCAAAUAGAUUUUGGAUGGUCAUGCAUUAUGUAACGUCAAAUAAACAAGGUUUUAUUUGCAAGUUGUGCGAGUUGUGCUAAAUAAAUCCGAGAAGAGUGUAGUUUUUGAGAUUUCUCAAACACACAUCAGACGUGGAUGAGUUGGAAAAUUCAUAAAGAAAAAGAAGAAUUUCAAUGCAUUUCUUUUUGGAAUCAUGCGAAACGUUAGACCUUGCACGAAAGUACGCUGUUCUUCAGGUAAGACAGCAUCCACUACCAAAUGUAUAUGGAAGGGAAAAAGAAAGUGGAAGGGGUACCUUUCUCCAGAAGACUUACGACUGGAAACCAGCUUCUGUAAGAGAGCUCGUUCAUGUAACAGAGAAUCUAAAUGUAGUUAGUACAAUAUUGAGACUUGCAGAGAAUACAUCUCGCGAAAAUCUUUGAUAGUACAAGUUUGCACGUGGAUGCAUCGACUGCAAUUAGUGCUGCACCUAUAAGUGAAUCAGCAUUACCUAGUUCUAACGUGGGGCUCCCGAUGACAAAAUAAAGGCGACCCAGAAAGAUGACUGAAAAUUUAUCGGUUAAUGUUUCUGUAGAAGAUGUGGUGGAGAAACGAUUGCGUAUCAUUCUUAAGGAAGGUGCUGACACUCUGGUAAAUUACGAAUCUUUAAAACCAGAAUUGCCGCCGUUCUACGAUGAGAAAAAAUUCCGACUUGGUCAGCAAGCCUUUUACAAUAAUGUUUUCUCGAUGAUGAUUGCAAAACUUUGUGGUCUGGUAUCUCUCUUGGCUAUUUCGACCAUACUUAAAGUAGUUAGAUUCACCAAACAAAGCGGUACUCCUUGUAUGGCGUAUCGUAGAUAUGCGAUGACGAUCCUCCACACAUUCGUAUGGCACGAAAAGGAUCCUCAUGGCAAACCCAACGAAUUCUUGGAGUCCUUGAAGAUCGUGAGGAGAAAGCACUGUGUUGCAUUCCGACGAAGCACUGAGGCUGGCAUUCAUAAACCAACACAACUGGAUAUGGCACUCGCUCAAUUCGGAUUUAUCGGAUAUACUAUGAUAAGCGGGGAAUAUUUAGGAGUGAAAACUACUCCCGAAGAAAUGGAAGGUGUGGUGCAUCUCUGGAAAGUCAUCGGAAGCAUGCUCGGGAUGGACGACAAAUUCAAUCUCUGCACGGGAACGGUUGAAGAAACUCGCGCUUUAUGCCAAAGGUUAUUGGAAGAUAUAUUUAUACCCGCUCUGGCCAAAAAGAAUGAAUACUUUGAUGAAAUGGGCGACGCGAUGCUGCAGAGUCUCUGGCCCAUCAACUUUAAUAUCGACCCAAUAGCGUUCAUGACAUUCACACUUUAUCUGGCUUCUUCGACUGCGCGUAACAAUAAUCAUUCUAUCGAAAUAGAUUCUUCGACUAUGCCGUUUUACAGCUGGUACUUAUUCAAUCUGCAACAUUUUGUGCUAAAAUAUUUAAUGCGACCCGAUGCCUGGUGGUCCCCAUUUUUCCGUGCAAUUCUUAAUUUUUUAAUGCGUUUAUCGAUUUUUUGUUUGGAAAAAUAUCCUUUACUUGCUUAUUGGACCUUCGGGAAAGAAUACGCCGACGUUAAAAUCUUUCAUUAUCAUUUUGAUUGAAUGUUUAAUCAACGAAAUAAUAAUAAGGGGGAUAAUAUCGGUUUUAUAAAAUUAUAUUAAAAUUACGAGAGUCAAUGUAAAAAAGGUAUGUUAAUAUGUGUACAGAACCAAUUAUUAAUUUAUUUUUAUAUGUGUAUAUGGUGUAAUAAUUGUUUAUUGAGAAAAACUAAAGAAAAUACGUAUAUCGUACAUGUAUUCUUGAAAACAACAAUUGCGACCUUUAAAAGCUGUCAUAAAAGGGAAGCUUAAUAAUGUAUGUAUGUAAUUAUAGACUUGUAUAAUUGUAAUAAUUAUAGUUACCAAUAUAAUUAUAGUAAUGAUUGUCACUAAGAUAAAAUA